GAAAACUAUCUUUAAACAAAUUAAUUACUCUUCUUGGUUUGUAGUAUCGUAAAAACGCGAGUCGUUUCGCAAACGCAGAAGAGUGUUUGCUCGUAGACACACCGCGGAGGACUCAGAGCUAGUUGAUCCUCAUAAUCAGUCUCUCAGACUCUAUCGUGUCAUUUUGAACAUGCCGUCUCUUCAAACUGCACUGCCUCCUGAGCUCGCCAACAAUGCCACUAGGCUUUACCGUGAAUGCCUGCGAAGAGCUAAAUAUAUUGGUCAUCGGAAACAUAACACGGAGCUUCUUGUUGAUUUGGUGAGACAACAGUUUAAGAAAAACAUGCAUGAAACAGAUCCCGAGAAGAUUCAGAAGUUAAAGGAUGAUGCUGCGAGGGGGCUUAUCAAUCACAUAUUGUAUGAGUCAGAGCAAAUGACAGGUUCUAAAUUCAGCAAGAGCAAAUAACCUAAUUUGCUUUAUCCCAAAUGAUCCAGUUUAUCCAUCAGUUCAAGAAAAAGAGGAAAUCCUUUUACAGUCAAACCAAGCCAAAGAUGUUGGAGUUGAAGAGUUAGUGACAGAUGGUCAAUGAGUCUACUAGUUGUUUUCUCAGUUGUCUCGGUUCAGCAUCUUGUCAUUAUUUUUUAGCAAUUCUUCAAAAGUAACAGGAGAUUCCUUUUCUAGGCUAUAGCGAAUCUAAGAUGGAAUAAGGUUUGUAUUAUUCAAUGACUCAUCUUGCAUACCGAGGAGUGGAAGCUAUAAGAGUUACUUUCCUUCAA